GGAGACACAGUUGGUGGAAGACAUUGUUGUGGAGGAGAAAAUUUGUGACAAGGCCAGACGGGGAUCUCAAGAAAAUGCCUGGAACUAGUGCUGAUGUUAGUGAAUUUACUGCCAGGAGAGGCUUAGUCAACGGAUUUAAGAAGUGUAAUGAGAGUUUAAAUCCGGUCAGCAUAAUGAAGCUUCAACAGUACGAGGAAGUUAUACAAGUCAUCAAUUCUAAGCCUGCAGGAAACAUAGUAGCAACUCUUGUUAAUAAGUUUGAGGGAAUUGAGAGGACAACAUUAAACAGCAUUUGGGCUCAGGAGAUGCAAAAAAAGGUGAAAAAGAACUUUCAUCGUAUUCAUGCCCAAGAUAAAGCCAGCGAAAUAUAUAGCAAUUACUUAUCAUGCGUAGAGUCAAGAGAUCCCCCUGGUAUCCUGGUGAAGAUGGCUCUAGCAAUGGACUACUCACCUGCUAUGUUGGCCAAACUGAUCCUAGAGCAGUACCUCAUUGCCAACUGCCCUCACAUUAUAGUGAGCAAGUCGCAAGUUAACCGCCUACUGCGAGAUACAACGAUGAUAGAGGACAGAGACCUUAGCAUUGAAGUAUAUCUGUGUUUGUUGGAGGAUGAAGUUUAUGGACCUUUUGCUGACAGCAUAAAACAUUCCAUAGGUUAUGAAUACGAGUUCUUUUUGCGCCGAGAGCUCGAAAAGCUAAACAUUAGCUACCAGAAUGAGGAUGACCUUCGGUUAAGAGGGUACGACAAGACACCAGACAUCAAAUUGGACAUUCCUAUUGCUGUUGAUGGGAAAGUUGUGAACUGGAUAGAGAGUAAGGCAUCUUUUGGCGAUGAGGAGAGUCACCGUACAUACCUGAAGGACCAGUUCUGGAGUUACUGGAACAGGUUUGGUCCUGGCUUAGUGAUCUACUGGUUUGGAUUCAUUGAGGAGUUAGAUGAAUAUAGAGACAAGGGAAUCAUGCUGCGAGAUUCUUUCCCUUCCAACAUAGUUUUCAUGGACCCUCUAUCAAUAGCUUAAAAUAAAUUAGGAGAGAGUCGUACAGCUCUUUGGAAAUGGAAGGCACUUGUGUUCAACCCAAGGGAAGAACAAUUCCUUGGAUCAAGAGCCCUUCAUCAGUCUCCAGGCAUCUCUCUUGAGGAGUGGGAAGGAGAGCUUAGCCCUGCUUAAAAAAAUUCAAAUUUGAAUAACUUCAAGGUACCUAAUGUUAAUUCAGGUGAAUAUCUCCCAAACUACAUAUAUUGGUCAACAGAUCAACUUCUUAAAUAUGACAAUUUUUUAUGGUAAAAUCAUGAAUUUACCUUGCAAAAUAUUUACCAUGUCAUUUUCCUAUUAACCAAAUUACAAAUAAGUUAAACCCCAUGAUGAGUCUUAACUGCUUAAUUAAAAGUAAGAAAUAGUCUAAGGUAUGCUAGCCAAAAUUAUUUUGGAGUGAUAUGUAUAUAUAUUCAUCUUAAAUUCUGGUGAAACCCCACAAUAAUAAAUUUUUAAUGUUUGUUUAUAGUCUCAAAAUUUCCCAUACAGCCUCAUGUAAUGAACAUUUACUAUUAUUGAAUAGCACUUGUUAGUUAUGAUUUUAAUAAUUAAGUACUAAACCCACAAGGGUUGCACUAUGGUUAAAUUCUAGUGUUUUAAAUAUGAUAAUUAUUUUUAAAAAGUUUAGAGAUAAAUUAAAUUUGUUCAAAAACUGCCUUCAGAGGAUAUGCUAUCUGGAAAGUAAUAUACUAACUAAAUUUCUUGAAAAUUAAAUAUCUUAGCAUUUCUCUUUCAUGUACUACUAUUAAUUCAUAAAAAAAAAAACUGCUGAAGGGUGAUAAAUGUACAGUGUUCAUGUCCCUCUUGUAAUAAAUGCUAAGACACUAUUGUACUCAAAUUAUGAAUUCACAGAAUCAUAAAAUGAUAAAGAACAAACAUUUUUGCAAUAAAAACUAUUAAAACAUUUUUUUUUUCUGGCAUUGUCAGAUCAAUCACAACACUGUAAGUACUGUAACUUAUAUAUGAACCAUAGGUAAUCAGUUUUGAUUUUUAUACAUAUAUUUAAUAACUAAAAUAUUAAAAUCAGCAUUUAUGAGUGAUGUAACACUUGAUAAAUUUGAAGUCAUAAGACUAUCAGUCUUGACAAAAUAUAUGCAUCAUUAAUCAUAUAUAACUUAUUCUUAAAAUACAUCUUAAGCUAUAAUAUCUGAAGAAUUUAUGUAUCUCGUCAAGAGAAUUCCUAAGAGAACCAAGACAGCAGUUACAAAAUAAACAAAAUUCCACAAAUCUUUUACUUACUACAAAUCAUCAAUCAAGUUUAUACAUGUUAAAUUAAAAUUUUCCUAAAUUUUAAUUUAAAGUAUUACAUGAGCCCAACCAAAAAUUACUCAUAUACUGAAGAGAUUCAUAUUAAGCUUCAACCACAUUAUUCUAAAUUAGGGUUGCAUAAUAUUUUCACUUCUGGGACCACAUAGGAAGACUGGCCCAUGAGCAGGUGCCACAUUUAUGCAGAUUCCAGUCAAGUUAUAUACAGUAUUCUAUACACUGUAGAUCAGAUCUUACUUAUUCUCACUGUAAAACCUUAAGUGCAAGACUAAAUAAUAUACAGCCUCUCCUCACUUAACGACAGAGUUAUGUUCCUAAGACCACAUCAGUAAACGAAUUCAUCGCUAAGUUAGGAGCAUACUAGUAUAAUGGUAGUGGAUUUGUGUCAACCAUCUUUGAUAUUGUUUUAAUGUCACCUUUGCAUCAUAAAAUUUUUAAAUGUUUAUAUAGUAGUAGUGUACUGUAAUAAACAGAAUAGAGGAAAUCAAAUCUAAUAUACAUUAUUUAGGCAUGCAUACUGGUCAGAGAGCUUGUCAUAAGUCCGAGGCAUCGGUAAAGGAGUACAUCGCUAAGCAAGGAGAGGGUGUACUAAGCAUUGUAAUUAACACCGUGCUUUCUAUUACUUUGUAAAAAAGAUGCCGAGGACAACAACUGUGCUACUCAGAGGCCAUCUAUGUCCCACAGGCCACUAGUUGUGCAUCUUUCAGUAUUCAUUUCAACAUUAAAACUAUGACUAUGAAAGCACUGAGAAUAGUUAUUGUAAUGUAUAUCAUUAUCCUCUGCUGAACACAAUAUUUGUCUGAAUUUUUUUUACACAUGCUAUGCAUGUGAUAUGACUAGCCAAAACAUUCUAACAGCUACUGUAAAGUAUUUAGUAUGUGGUACUCAGAAAAUAAAUAAAAAUGAAAAUAUAGAAAUACUUGUGAUAAGUUAAUCAAUAAACAUAAAUCAACAUUUAACACAUUGCACGUGUUAAUUUUAUUGUUUUUGUCAUUUUUAAUGUACAGACGCCGACCAACUUACAUCCCAAAAGGCUGUACGUAUCUUGAAUUGUUCUUAUGUCGUUAUUUUUCUAUUGUUAUGACAGUAAUGUACAGUUUUUAAUACAAAAGCAUAUUUUAAUAAUAAAUACUCUAAUAAAGAACUUCUUACAAUAAACUAACACUGCAGUAUGUUUGAAUGUAGGGAAGCGUCUGUAUUAACUCACCACCUAAUAUUUAGCCCUUUGGGUCAUGAAUCUGUGAUCCAGCUUCUAGAAUUUUAUGUAAGUUGUUAUUUCUUUUUCUAGCUAGAAAACAUCACAUUCUAUGUGCCAACAUAUAGAUGAAGUAAUGAUACAGCCAACUAGCUGCUGCCAUCUGGCAGCCAGUGUGACAACUAAUUCCUACUCUAGGAGAUGCAUGUUUUCAUGAAUUUUGAUAUAAAUUAUGUAACAAAUGAAUAAUACAAUAAAUGAAAUUACAGCUGCUACCAGUAAAAUACACAUGAAGAAUGAAAUAAACUGCUAAUUUAUUCGUAUUAGAUGGAACUUAUUGCUGAGUAAACUUGACAAUUUUUUUUUGUGCUCACUGUACAUUAGGUAAGAAGACAGGUGAACCUGAUGCAAUAUGUGUAGCUAAGUUUUUACCCAAAAUGUAUGGAUUUAAGAAGAAGAAAUAAAAAAACUGUCCUGAACUAUGGUUACGAUUAUAAAAUAUUGUACUGUUUGUAUUAUAAUAAAAGGAUAUAUUGUCAGGAAUACUUUUAGUAAUAAUAUUUCAGAUACCUAAAUAACUAUAUCAUAAAAUACAUAAAUUGAAUCUUUUUUUUUUUUUUAGCUAUAUUGUAUAUUCCAUUUUUAAAUAAAAUGCUAGAUAAGGAAACUAUUUUAUAGCCUUUUCAUAAAGAAAAAUAGUAAUACUGAAACUUAUUUGAGCACUUAUUUCCUUGUUGAAAAUGCUGUGAAAAAUUGAAUAUCUAGGAAUGUUUACUAUAAAAUACACAAGAAUAAUUUUAGUUAUUAAACAUACUCAUAUGUUAAGUGUAUGACAGUUUUAUCUGUUGCAUGGUGUAUAUUUUAUCAGUUACUGCUUCUGUGGAUCAGUAUGAUGAAUCACUAUAUUAGAACUUGCCAAUAUAAUUUAACUUGAAAUCUGGCUAUAGCUAACAUAUCAUCUUCAUUCAUUUUCCAUAAAAAUAGUUCAUCUAUAGUUUCCUGUCACACUGUUUACUCGAGACAUGUGUACCUGGAUUUCCUAUCUGUGUCUAUUUGAAUUAUGUGCUUAGUCUAUCUUUUUAUCUAUUUCCCUAACACACUUUCUACUUCAAAAAUUAACAUUAUACUGUACUGUCACAAUUAUUGAGCAGAAACAGCUAAAAAUUAUAUGUACAACAACCUGUACAUAAUUUUCCACGUCAUAACAUGAUGAAAUGUAGAUCAUCAUCAGGUAUUAAUUACAAUACUAAAAUAAAUUAUAAGAAAUGUUUUCCAUGUCAAAAUCUCCAUCGUACUUGGACUACUUAACAUUACUGUAAAGAGCACUUACUUUAGCAGCAUUAUUUACAGAUAAGCUCUAUAAAACAGUCUUUGCUCCAAGAAAACAGAUCUUAGAGCAAUCAUUUCUACAAUACAAUGUAAGCUUUACCAUUUUUACGCUAUUAUUACUGUAGUUAAAAUCAUUCCACAUGCAAAAUUAAGUUUAACCUAAAUAGCAUUUUGUACACAAAAUCUCCAAGAUAAUUACCCCAAUAACCAAAAUUUUCUAUCUUACUACAGUAAAUCAUAUUAUUUAUGGAAGCAUCAAUUACAAGGUAGCACUGAUGUAAUACAAGGGUAAUAUUCUCACUGUAGACUUAAAUACUGCACUGUGUUGUGUCUGCUGCACAACUAAUAUAAUAUAACCAGUUUAAUAUUUACAUUAAAUUCUCACAUGAAAGUAAUAAAAUACUGAACUAACAUUAGUGAAAAUGAUCCAAGCAUAACUGUUUACUAUAUGGAAGUUUUAUAGGAAUGCUAAUCACACAUAACUUAUACUUUUGAUCUCAAAUGUAUUGUUUUUAAUCAAAUUUUAUUUUUAAAAAAUAUUUCUUUGUAUUUUUGUUUUUCUUUUUAGGUCACCCUGCCUUGGUGGGAUAUGGCCAGUUCAUUAAAAAAAAAAAAUUGUCCAUCAAUCUUUUGUAGGCUAUAGCCAGCACAAUAUUUUCAACUUGUUAGUGGCUUAGUCUUCAAGCACUUAAUCUUCAUACACUCCAUGUCAAUGCCCACACAGGUUUAUACACUAUGUGAACAUCUUACACAUAUACUUUUCUAUUUCUCACCUUGUCUUUGAUUCUCCUCCUAGCAAGUGCUGGCUGACCCAUAUGAACUUAACAUUUUUGUUUUGUGAUUAUAAUAAUGUAAUUUCUAGCACUGUAUUACAGUGGCUGAACCUUGGCAAUAUUAAUAAAAUAUUUGAGGCUGAUUGAAAUAAAUACUAUCGGGCC